AUGACAUAUACAGGACUCUCGAGGGUAAACCUAUUUACACUUAAUCAACCGUUUAACAGCGCUGAUUUAAAGGACAUAGAGAUGUCCGACUCUGAUUUUGACGACGAUGACGAUGAGGCCGUUCUUCAGCUCAUGCGGGCAACACAAUCAGCCCCAAAAGCGGCUUCAAACGGCGCAAUUCCCGUCGUGAACGGAGCACUACUGCAAGACUUGUUCAGAGCACAAGGUGAAAUUGCAAUUUUACGCGCACAGCUCGAAUCGAUGCAACGACUGAAGGCGGAGGAAGCUGCACGACUCAAUGCGCAGCUUGACGGCUCGAGGGACUCGGCGAAAGACCAGAUCGAUGCACUUAAACUGUCUGUAGAUAAGCUAGAAGACGAGAAGCGAUUUUUGAGAAAUGAAGUGAUGUCACUUUCAGCAACAAAGCGGCGGAAGGUAUCUGGCGCGGAGGUUUCUGCGGUUAAAAGGUCUGUAGUCAGUGAACCUAUUCCUACUGAAGCACCUAUUCAGAUUAAGGACGACUGGCUGCAACUUUGUCAUCAUUUGUGGCAUUAUACAAUCAAUGGAAGUGACCGCACGUCGAUGGAGCUCCUUUCGCGGGUCUGCUUGCGAACAGGGUUAGAAGUUGGGCCUAAUUUCAGAAUCGAGGCGGAAUCGCUGCUUCUGGACCAGAUCUGGGCCUACUUCAUGACCCUUAACCAUUUGCGCCUUGAUGGCGUCGUUUCUGCAUUUUGCGAGCUGGUUCUCGCUCUCGUCUGCAAAUUACUUGAGGGUUUUCACGGCAGCAGACUGGAUCUGCUAUUAGGUGUACCCUUUCUCUUAUCUCUCGUUUAUGCUGCGCUAAGUUUCAAACCUCUGGCAGUAUCGGAAACUUUGGCGUCGCACAUACUCGUUGAAAUGGGUCAAAUCACCCAGCGAUUUGUGUUCGUACUCCAGCUCAAUGACGAGGAGGAAGAAACCCUUAUGGGUCACGAGAAUGUCACUUAUCAGCAACGACUACUUGAGAAUUUUACACUCGUGGUAUGUCUUGAUGUCAUAGAAUAUACCAUGGUUUUAUCCACGCAAUUUGGAAUGGGGUCGGUUAGGGGUGUUUGGCAAAAGCGAGUAUUUGACCCAGACCUUCUUCAGAAAGUUCUUCCUGACAAUACCGAACGGUUCGUGAACACAUUUCAAAUAAACGCCGUCUUCAAUGUUGUGGAGAUUAUAUUUCUGUCACUAAGUGAAGAUGGCUUUGCUACUGGUGAUGAAGAUGCGAACAGGGGUUUGGUGAAGUCGCUUAUCAAAGCCUUCCUAAUAGACAUAGACAUAAAAGAGGACUUUCUUUUCUAUGGCCUCAACCGAAUGGUUGGAAACAACACUAACUUUGAGUCUUUCGUCGACAUUAUCCCGCACCGACUUCCAGCGUUCUUAAACAGUUCCUUCACCUCUAUUCCUUGUCCUGCAAAACCUAAACCGCGGUCGGAAAAAGAGGCGUUUGACAUUCUCUUGAAACAUGACCAUCAUUUGCUCAGCUUGAAAAUACGCAUAGCCACAUUGUUGGAGUCUGUGAUUGUUUCUGGAAUGAGCGGUAUAAUCAAUCUGCGUGAGAACAUCAAGCUGAUUGUGCGGGUGAUGGGAUUUGAACAGAAUCUUAUUAUGCAACAGCCUAGAUAUCAAUAUGUGUACAUGAGGAUACAAAUCAUAGCUAUCUUGGUGCGUAUGCUAUACUACAUUAUAGACGAGAACAAGAACAUCAAUACGCUAAUUUACCCCGAAACACUCUACGAGAUCUUGGUGGUAUUGAUGAGAAUUGCUUUCGGAUCGGAUUCGCUCUCUUUGGAGGCACACAAACUCUUAGCGGCGGUGAGGGCUCGAGGCGCACUCAACAUUGAAGUGUUCAAUCGACACUGCGAGCUCCGUAGCCGUGAAAUUGCCCAUUUAAAUAUUUACAAUCCACAGACAUCCAGUUCGGGUGAAUUGGCUGACGUCGAAGGAGAUUUCGCGAACGGACUCGAGUUUCCUUAUGAUUCAGAGACAAUCGAAAUUGCACGAGAAAUCUUGGGUGUUUGUCUCAAUCACGACGAGGCAGACAACUUGUAUUUCAACAUGACGAGCCAGAUGCCAUAA